AUGAGUCCUAUACUACUAUUUGAUAAUGCUCUUAAAAAAGUCGGAAUUGAAAUUUAUGAUUAUAAUGACUUUAUCAUAUUAGAGAAAAUUGGUGAAAACAAAUCUGGUAACGUAGAAAAAGCGCGCUGGAAAAGUAACGGAUUAAAUGUUACUGUAAAAAGUUUGGAAUUUGAAAUGGAUUUAAAUGAAGAUAUUAUCCAGGAAUUUGUUGUAGAGCUUCAACCUCAAGCUAGUUCUUACAAAAUUCUUCAACUUAAUACAAAAAAUUUGUUGAACGAUUACAUGCCCAGCCCUUCGACAACCUCUCCUAAGGAAGAAAAUUUCCUUGAACAUUUAAAAACUUUUGUUCAAAUAGAACCUAAUAUGUCAGAUCUAAUAAGAGAUGAACAUUUUAAACUUAUCUCUAAGUGGAUUAACAAAACACCACCUAAAAGUGGAAUUAUUCGAAAAAUUCUCGCAAAGAAAAAACCCAAAAUUAAACAAAACUAUGACUUUAAAUUACUUAUUAGAGGAAGUCGAGAUGGAUUCACAGCUGCUGACUUCCAUGAUAAAUGUGAUAAUAAAGGUCCAACUCUAAUAAUUCUAAAGGUUAAAGAUGAAAAUGAAAUUUUAGGUGGAUAUAAUCCAUUUAGUUGGGAAUCACCAUCUGAGAUAAAAUUUUAUUAUACACAAAAAAGUUUUCUUUGUAACUUAGAUGUUAAUAAACCAGAAAAUUCGAUACUCAGUAGAGCAAGGCAACACGAAUCAAUUACAUCAUCAAAAGAUUAUGGUCCAUAUUUUAGAGGUGAUUUAUGUAUGUCAAAAAAUUUUAAUACUGAUUGUGAUUGCCGAUGUUACAGGUGGUAUUAUGAAAAGUCAAUUAGAAAAUCUAUUGAGAAUUUUUCAAUAGAGGAAUAUGAAGUUUUUCAAGUUAUAAAAAGUAAUAAUAGCAUAAAUCGUUGA